AUGAGUCUUCGCGACCUGGUGGAUGGCGAAGCCGCGCUGGAUGAUGAGGAAAACGACGAGGAAGUUUCCGGUGACUAUGACGAAGAUGCCCGCGAUGGGCCCAGUACCGCCCGUCACUACAACGACUCCAGUGAGGAAGAUGAAGAUGAGGACGACGAUGAGGAUGCGGCGCGCGCCGUUCGGGAAGGUUUCAUUGUCGAUGAAGAUGAGGAAAUCGAAGAGCGCUCCCGGCGCAGGUCGGAGAAGAAACGACCUCGUGCCCGAGAGGAGGAACAUCUUGAUGAAGAGGAUCUCGAACUGAUAGGCGAGGUGGUUCCCGGUCUCGCAAGAGGCGCAUCGUCUGAUCAGCAAUCAAAAUUCAAGCGUCUCAAGCGAGGCCGCGAUCGCGAUACGCACCGUGGCCCGUCGCAGGGAAUUGACGAAAUGUUCGAUUCGGAUGAGGACGAAGAAGCCACCGCGCAAUACGGCCGACCCAGUCACCGUGGUGGCCGCCGACAUGAUGAGAUGGACGACUUCAUUGAGGAGGACACCUUCUCCGACGAAGAGAUGCAACGUGAGCGGGAUGAUCUCGAAGUCGCAGCGCCCCCGCGGGCGACCAUGCCGGGGCUAGCAGCUGCGGAGGUAGCCGGUCUGGAUGAAAACGCCAUGGAGGAUCUGCGCGCGGCGUUUGGUGAUGGUGAGGACUAUCGAUUUGCCUUGGACAUUGAAGAGCAGGAAGAUGAAGAGAAACAGGAUCACGACCGCAACCUUGAUCUAAAGGAUGUCUUUGAGCCGUCUGAAUUGGAGAAGUGGAGGUUGACGGACUAUGACCAUAUGGUUCGUCUCCAUGACGAACCUGAACGCCACCAGAUUUCCCGUGAGCCCUAUGCACAUGUGGUUCUGACCGAGGAUCAAUUCCGCGAGGAAGCAGUCUGGGUCGCACAGAUGAUGCUGCUUAAAAAGCGCAUUGAGCCGGACUUGCGAGAGCCCUUCCAACGGGCCGUGGCAAAGAUGCUGGAGUUCAUGGUCACGGAUGGUUAUGAGGUCCCGUUCAUUUUCCAGCAUCGCAAGGAUUACAUGAUCCAUGCGGUCAAAGAGCCGCUCAAUGGGGCGGAUCCUGAUGACGAGUCCGCUCAAUACAGUAUACGCGCCGAAAAGCUCUUGAACAUGACAGAUCUGUGGGACAUAUUCGAUCUUGAUUUGAAAUUCCGCGCUCUGGUGGACAAGCGUAAUGCCAUCCAACACACUUACCAGAGCCUCCAGGCGUCCUUUGACAUCAACGAUGCGAUAGCAGAGGAAUUGUUGGCUGCCGCUCAAUCCAUGGAAGAGCUCCAAGACGUACAGGACUACAUCCAUUUCCAAUACUCCUCGGAAUUCCGCGAUAUGUCGACAGUCAACGUUGAGACGCAGCGGCGCAAGGCCACCAACAAGAGCUUUUCGGAGCGGGUGCGCAGCGCCAAGGCUUACGGUCUCGUCCGCGCUUUUGGCCUCACUGCGGAUGCGUUUGCUCAAAAUGCGUCCAAGGAAGGCCGACGACAAUACACAGAAGAUCCCAGCGAGCGACCGGAGGAGCUUGCUGAUCAGCAUGUCGAUAGCGACUUUUCGAAUUCCGAUCAGGUCCUGAAGGCAGCCAAGACGAUGUUUGCCGAGGAAAUUGCGGCAAGCCCGAAGAUGCGCAAGGUGAUUCGUCAGGCAUGUUACAUGAACGGCGUGGUCGACUGCUUCCGCACCCCGAAGGGUCUUCGCCGAAUUGACGAGCAUCAUGUGUACUACGAGUUCAAGUACUUGCGCAACCAGCAACUCAGCGAUAUCGCUCGCCGUCCGGAAAUGUUCCUGCGCAUGCUCAAAGCCGAAGAGGAAGGUCUGGUGGAAGUCAGGGUCCGCUUCGAGAACAUUGACCAGUUCAAGCGACGCAUGUACGCCGACAUGGAGUCCGAUAACUACUCAGAAGUUGCGGAUGCAUGGAAUCGUCUUCGUCGUGACGUGGUAGAUAUGGCGCUUGAGAAGCUGAUUCAACUGAUGAAUCGCGGCGUGAAGGAGAAUGUUCGACAGGAGUGCGAGAUCCAUGUUAUCAAAGAAUGCCGGGACGCGUUCUCACAGCGACUGGAUCAGGCUCCCUACAAACCCAAAGGAAUGGUUCUGGGUACAGUACCACGGGCUCUGGUGUUGUCGAAUUACAAUAAUGUUCCUGGAAAGGGCACCAUUGCGUGGGCCUACCUCGAAGAAGACGGUCGUCUUCUGGAAUAUGGCUACUUUGAUGACAUAACUGUCGGAGACCCGGCUCGUGGCAUUAAAGAUGGAGUGGACGUCCCGAAGCUCCUGGACGUUAUUCGUCGCCGAAAGCCCGACGUCAUUGGAGUGGGCGGCUUAACGAUGGAGACUCGCCGGCUUCAGAAGAUGUUAAACGACAUUGUUGACCUCAAAGAUGUACGGGGUGCGCCUUACACCGAUGAAAAUGAUGAAGAGGUCAGCGAUCGUCUCGAGGUCGUCUUGGUCAACGAUGAAGCCGCCCGUCUCUUUCACAAAACGUCACGCUCCUACAACUUUAAUCCGCUUCUCAAUUAUGAAGUUCACUACACUUUGGCGCUGGGUCACUAUCUGCAAAGCCCAUUGAAGUCGUAUGCCUUCGUGGAUCCAGAUUUCAUAGCGCUUCCUUUGAAACCUGGUCAGGAGCUGGUCAACCAAGACUUACUGCUCACGCAUCUCCGCAGGGCCCUAAUUGACAUGGUGAACCUUGUUGGUGUCGACCUGAAUGAAGCUGUUCACGAUCAGAGGACAGGCAUGUUGCUCAGAUUCGUUUGCGGCCUGGGUUCACGAAAGUCAGAGCAUCUUCUGAAGGUCAUCAACAUGAACGGAGGCGAGGUGACCAAUCGCCAGGAACUGUUGGGUUUCAAUGUGCAAUACCCUGCGAUGUCCCCACUUGUAUGGAGCAAUUGCGCCAGUUUCGUCUAUCUUGAUUAUGAGACGUUAGAUUCGGACGCGGAUCCUUUGGACAACACGCGUGUGCACCCCGAAGACUACGAUAUUGCCCGCAAGAUGGCGGCCGAUGCUCUAGAACUAGAUGAGGAAGACAUCAAAGGUGAGACGGACGAUAAUGGUCCUGGGGCUAUUGUGCGCAAACUGUUCCGUGAGGAACAACAAGAUCGUGUCAACGACUUGAUUCUGGAGGAGUAUGCCGAGCAGCUGGAGAAAAACCUCAAUCAGCGCAAACGUGCCACCCUGGAGACCAUCCGUGCCGAACUGCAACAGCCAUACGAGGAGCUGCGGAAGCCCUUUGCUCACAUGAGCGCGGAUGAUGUCUUCACCAUGUGGACCGGUGAGACUGUGGACUCGCUCAAGGUGGGUAUGGUGGUGCCUAUCAAGAUCAAGCGGGUGUUUGAGGAUCACAUUGAUGCAAAGUUGGACUGCGGACUCGACGCGCUGGUCGCAGAGACGGAUCUCGGGGUGCCUUACGACACGUCCGUUCGAGAUGUCUACUUCCCCACUCAAACAUUGCCGGCCAAGAUCAUGUUCAUCAAUCGCAAGAGUUUCACCUGUAAUGUCUCCCUUCGCGAGGAUCAGGUCAGCAACCCGAUCCGCGACGGGCCAGACCGCGGCUUCGGUGAAUGGGAUGAGGCGCAAGAGCGCAAGGACCGGGAGUCAAUGAAAGAGAAGGGACAACAGGCCGAUCAGGCGCAGCGUGUCAUCAAACAUCCUCUCUUCAAGCCGUUCAAUGCGGCGCAAGCCGAAGAAUAUCUCGGCUCUCGCUCCCGCGGCGACGUGGUCAUUCGACCCUCGUCUCGGGGUCCUGAUCACUUGGCUGUGACGUGGAAGGUGGCGCAAGGUGUCUAUCAGCACAUUGAUGUCCUGGAGUUGGACAAGGAGAAUGAAUAUUCCGUCGGUCGCGUGCUGCGUAUCGGCGGCAAGUACAGCUACAGCGAUCUUGACGAUCUCAUUGUCAAUCACGUCAAGGCGAUGGCCAAGAAGGUUGACGAGAUGGUUCUCAAUGAGAAGUACAAGGAGGGCAGCAAGGCCGAGACAGAUCAAUGGUUGGAAACAUACACCAAGGCCAACCCACGUCGCUCGGCCUAUGCCUUCUGUAUCAAUCCUAAGUACCCUGGAUACUUCUUCCUCUGCUUCAAGGCAGGUGAACAUGCACGGCUCCAGAACUGGCCGGUCAAGGUGAUCCCACAAGGCUACGAGUUGCAGAAGAAUCCGUACCCGGACAUGCAGGCUUUGUGCAAUGGGUUCAAGUUGAUGUUUGCCAACAUGCAAGCUAGUCGACGAUAA